UCCUGUCCACAAGGCUCAGCAAAGCGGCUGGCGGCCUGGCCUGGGACCUGCUGCUGCUCCAGUCAUCUCCAUGGCAACCAGCGCCUGGGAGGAGCUAGAUGGCGGCCUGGGCAGCUGCCAGGCCCUGGAGGACCACUCUGCGCUGGCCGAGCCCCAGGAGGACAGGGCUCCAGCAACACCCAGGCUGGCCGACUCCGGCAGCCCGCCCCACGACUCUCAGGAGCCGGUGGCUGAAGGCUGCAGUGUGGACACCAGGCCCAAGAAGAUGGAAAAAGAACCUGCCGCCAGGGGGACCCCAGGAACGGGGAAGGAGAGGCUGAAAGCUGGAGCGAGCCCUCGGAGCGCCCCCGCGCGCAAGAAGGCGCAGACCGCGCCGCCCCCGCAGCCGCCGCCGCAACCCCCGGCCCUGAGCCAGGAGCUGCCCUGGGGAGACCUGUCGCUCAACAAGUGCCUGGUGCUCGCCUCGCUGGUGGCGCUGCUGGGCUCGGCUUUCCAGCUGUGCCGCGACGCCGUGGCUGGGGAGGCAGCAGUCCAAGCGCGUGCGCCCGAGCCCUGGGUCCCGCCAAGCUCAGCCCCGAGGGAGCCAUCGUCGCCCCUGCCUAAGUUCGAGGCCCAGGCGCCCCCAUCAGCGCUGCCUGCGCCCCGGACCAAGGCAGAGAUCAGACCCAAGAUUCCCGGGAGUCGGGAGGCUGCAGAGAAGGACGAAGAGGAGCCUGGCGAGGCCACCGGAGAGGCCGUCGGGGAGGACCGUGCGCCCCUCGCAGACCGGGGACCCAAGGAGAGGCCUCGGAGAGAGGGGAAACCGCGGAAGGAGAAGCCGCGGAAGGAGGAGAGGCCGAAGAAAGAGAGACCGCGGAAGGAGGAGAGGCCACGGGCCGCCAGGGAGCCCCGGGAAGCCCUGCCUCGGCGCUGGGAGUCACGCGAAGGGGGCCAUCGGCCGUGGGCACGGGACUCCAGGGACGCCGAGCCCAGGAAGAGGCAGGCCUGGGUCUCCCCGAGGCGUCCCGACGAGGAGGAGCGGCCUGGGAGUCGCCAGAAGCUCCGCGCAGGCAAGGGGCGGGACUAAGCCGGCCCGCGCCCGAGUCCAGGGACCCCUUCUCCACAACCCGCGACUCCGGCGAAAUAAAGCGAGGGCUGCGGC